UUUUCUCAAGCAAAUUAGCGCUCAAUAGAACUGUUGGUGCAAUUGGCCUGUCACCUAAUCUCCACUCACUUCUUCAAGGAGAGAAGUAAUAAAGGCCAAGAGUCCCGAAAGGAAGAAGAUUCUUGGAGUAGAAUGAGCAGAGGAGGGAGCUUUGGGGGUGGAAAAAGCUCUAUCGGCUACCUCUUCGAUUCAUCAGGUGAGGAAACCGCCAAGCCUCCCUCCGGCGAAGAUGCCAGCCAGAAGAGCAUGCCAAUUCCGAGCCACUCUGCUGCUGCUGCCGCUGCAGCAGACAAAAUUCAAGACACCUCCAACAACUACUCCAGGCCUCAAGGCCAGAACUUGGGCAACUUCAUCACUGGACGUCCAUCUACUAAGGUUCAGUCAGUUCCAGGCGGAAGCUCAUCUCUAGGCUACCUGUUUGGCGAGCAUAAACAAGUAUGAUUUGGAGUUCUGUUCUCGCAUGCCUUCACGAAGCAUUUUGAGUUCAGUGUUCGAGUUUUAAUUCUGAGUGGAUCUUGCUGGAUGAUGUGUGUGUGUGUGUGUGUUUUUCAUGUAGUUUUGCAGAUGAAAUAUUCUUCCAUAAUAACUACUGAUGCCAUGUUGACUGAUGAA